AUGGCAUCGCACGACGGGCAGCUCACCGGCAAAACAGAGGCCCAGGUAUGGGUCGAUGACAAUGCCAUGGCGGGCUGUGGCCGGAAAGGGCUUGUCGCUCCGAAAUACAUGGGGACGGUGGCGGACCAGCGUGACAUGAGCGUUCUAGGACGCGUGCAAGUGCUGAGGAGAAAUUUCCGGUUUGUCUCGAUUCUCGGGUUUGGAUGCACGCUGAUUGCCACGUGGGAGGUCAUUUUGACACUGCUGAGCUCCGGUUUGACUGAUGGUGGCACUGCUGGAUUGAUCUGGGGAUUCAUCAUCGUGUCGGCCGGGUUUACUCUUGUGGCUCCAACGUCCGGGGGACAGUAUCACUGGGUGUCGGAAUUUGCGCCGCGUAGCUGCCAGAGAUUCCUGAGCUAUAUUACUGGUUGGCUCUGCGCAAUGGGAUGGCAAUGCGCCAUCGUGUCAAUUGCGUUUCUCGUCGGGACUAUCAUUCAAGGUCUCAUCGUGCUCAAUGAUCCAUCGUAUGAGUUUCAGAGAUGGCAUGGGACCCUCCUUGUCAUCGCAAUCACGACCUUCUCCAUUCUGUUCAACACCUUUCUGGCGAAGAAUCUGCCCAUGGUGGAAGCUCUGAUCCUCAUCUUGCAUGUAGUUGGACUGUUUGCGAUCAUCAUUCCUCUGUGGGUGCUUUCGCCUAGGAAUAAUGCCAAGGCUGUGUUUACCGAAUUCUACAACGGAGGUGGAUGGAAUAGCGAUGGUGUUGCGACUCUGGUCGGACUGUCGACAACCAUCACCUCGAUGAUCGGAUACGAUUGCUCUGUGCAUAUGUCCGAAGAGAUCAAAGAUGCAUCCGAGACCCUUCCGAUGGCCAUCAUGGCUGCCGUCGGUGUGAACGGUGUCCUCGGGUUCAUCAUGAUCAUCACGAUAUGCUUUACGCUCGGCGAUGUCAAUGACAUUCUCAGCACUCCAACGGGCUACCCCUUCAUCCAGGUCUUCUACAACGUCACCCAGAACUAUGCAGCAGCCAACACCAUGACUGCGAUUCUAGUAGUGACCCUGACCGCCAGCACCAUCACGGAGGUAGCAACCGCCUCCCGGCAGAUUUGGUCCUUUGCCAGAGACCGGGGCCUUCCGUUCUCUUCCUUCUUUGCCUACGUGACUCCUGGAUGGAACAUACCUUUAAACUCCGUCAUGGUUUCGCUCGCCGUGACCAUACUGCUCUCACUGAUCAACAUCGGCUCCCAAGUAGCCCUGACGGCCAUCAUCUCCCUGACAAUCACGUCGUUGAUGUCUGCAUACAUUCUUUCCAUCGGCUGUGUUCUUCUCAAACGCAUACGAGGGGAGCCGCUACCCCCGCGACGGUGGUCUCUGGGGUGCUUUGGCAUGGCUAUCAACAUCGCAGCGCUGGCAUUCCUGUUUCCCAUUUUUGUCUUUGCGUUCUUCCCCCUCACCAGCAAAGUCAACAAGCAGACGAUGAACUGGAGCGUCGUCAUGUACGGCGGUGUCAUCACGUUUGCCUCGGUUUAUUACUGGCUGCGGGGACGGCACCAAUUCAUCGCGCCGGUGGCUUUGGUGAAGAGAGAAGGGUAG